CCUGCAUCGAUGAGCUCGGAAGCAACUGCUUAGGCCUGCGCGCGGACGCCCAGGCGCGCCACCUCAGCGCUUUCGCGCCGCCAUCUUCACGGCGGGAGAAGCGGAGAUCUGGGGCUGCUGGAGGCGGCGGAGGUAAUCGGAGCUCUCUACCUCGGGAAAGACUUCGCGGCUGUCUCCUCGAGAAAUGGCCCAUGUGCUCUGUAAUAGAGCCAGACUGGUGUCCUACCUCCCUGGCUUUUGCUCUUUAGUUAGAAGAGUUAUUAGUCCAAAAACCUUUUCAACUGCAGGGUCUUCAGGUUCUGACGAAUCUCAUGUGUCCACUGCUCCUCCAGAUAUAUGUUCUCGAACAGUGUGGCCUGAUGAAAUGAUGGGACCAUUUGGACCUCAGGAUCAGAGAUUCCAGCUUCCUGGAAACAUAGGUUUCGAUUGUCACCUCAAUGGGACUACUUCACAGAAAAAAAGCCAAGUUCAUAAGACUUUGCCUGAUGUUCUAGCAGAACCUUUGUCAACUGAGAGACAUGAGUUUGUAAUGGCACAAUAUGUGAAUGAAUUUCAGAGUAAUAAUGCACCUGUGGAACAAAAAAUUAACAGUGCUGAAACUUACUUUGACAGUGCCAGAGUUGAAUGUGCAAUCCAAACAUGUCCAGAACUGCUGCGAAAAGAUUUUGAGUCACUAUUUCCAGAAGCGGCUAAUAGCAAACUGAUGAUUCUAACUGUAACACAGAAAACUGAGAAUGAUAUGACUAUCUGGAGUGAAGAAGUAGAGACUGAAAGAGAAAUGCUCUUAGAAAAGUUUGUUCAUGGUGCUAAAGAGAUUUGCUAUGCACUUCAAGCUGAAGGAUACUGGGCUGACUUUAUUGAUCCAUCUUCUGGUGUAGCAUUUUUUGGACCAUAUACAAACAACACACUUUUUGAAACAGAUGAACGCUACCGACAUUUAGGAUUCUAUAUUGAUGAUCUUGGCUGCUGUAAAGUGAUCCGUCAUAGUCUCUGGGGUACCCACGUGUUUGUAGGAAGUAUCUUCACUAAUGCAGCACCAGACAGCCAUAUCAUGAAGAAACUAAGUGGAAACUAGCACUAAUGUCAUUUUAUGUGCGGCACUAUUUAUCUAUACUGGAUUGAUCUUUAUAAACACUGUCAAAGGCUUGAGCUUUUAAAAUAUACUUAAUUCUAAGUAUUUAUUUCAUCAUUUAUGGAUUUACAACAUUGGCAGGUGAUGUGGAAUUCUAAAACUUCAAAUGUUAAUUCAUAUUGAAUACAUGUUGAACACAUUCACGUUUUGCAGAAUGUAGCAAUUGACAUGUAACCAGGGAAUGUAUGAUUUCUUAUUAAUUCUGUGCUUUACUGGAAAAACACUUAGUAUUAUUUUUUCCAAAAACGAAUCACAUAUUGGCUAUACCUGUUCUUUUCCAUUGCAGUAUUUUGAAAAUAGAGUUCUUCAAGGUGUUUAAGAAGUUUCAAUAUAAUUUUGUUGUUGUUUUCUUAACAAUUUAGUUGAUAAUUCUAGAUUCACUGUGGCCUUUUCUGUUUGUUUGUUUUUUUUCUUAAUUGUUAAGCAGCCAGGUACCAGUUUGAGUAUUGCUUCGCAAUAAUAUAUGGGCAGAAAAAUAAUAAAGAUAAUACACCUUUAUAAAAACGUAUGAAUCUCAUUCUUACUUGGAAAGAAAUCUUAACCCUUUAGUUGAAAUAGAUAAAUAUAAAUUAUUCUCAAUGAAGUUAUUCCUUAGCUUUCAGGUCAUGUUUCUUUGAUUCCAUUGCUUUAUAAGGCAUCUUAUUUUUAAAACUCUGUUAUUUUCUGAAUUAUUUUAAAGUUUUAUCAAGUAAAAGAAUUAUCUUUUGUUAAUAAGCUUUUGCCAAUAAAAGUAGACAUCUCAGGAGAA